AAUUCCUCUCAUCACUACCAGUACUACUACUACGACUACUACAACUACAACUACUAGCUAGAUCUCCCAAGUUCACCGAUGAACUACUUUCCCAGGACAAAUUCCGAUGGUAGAACCAAUGCCGGUGGCAGCAGCGUUGCCAAUGACGCAGAUGCCAACCAUUUGCUUCCUUGCCACCACCCGGUUUACCGAGGAGUGAGGCGCCGGAGCGGUGGCAAAUGGGUGUCUGAGAUUCGUGAGCCAAAGAAGCCUAAUCGCAUAUGGCUUGGCACGUAUCCCACCCCAGAAAUGGCCGCUGUUGCUUAUGAUGUCGCGGCAUUGGCACUUAAAGGUCCUGACGCUAAGCUCAACUUCCCCCUCUCUGCAGCUUCCUUGCCCGUUCCUACCUCAAAAUCUCCCCGUGACAUCCAGGAUGCUGCAGCCACUGCCGCAGCUGCGGCUGGGGCGGCCAUGGAUUCUUUCUCAGAGUCGCCAGGGCCAGGGGGCCAAGCCAAGAACGACUUCUCCUCAUCAGUAACAGUAACUUCCGAUGCAAAUUAUUCAUUGGUUUCAAAUGACUACAUUGACGAGGAGUUUCUCUUUGAUAUGCCUAAUCUUCUCGUCAACAUGGCUGAAGGAAUGCUGCUUAGCCCUCCUCGACUGGGAGUGGUUGCUGCUGACGACGACGCUACCAUUGAAAACACAGCCACUCACAACCUCUGGAGCUAUCCUUAAUUAGUCCAUCCAUCCAUCCAUCCAUCCACAUAUAACUCUUCUAUGCAUCAUCUAUAUAUGUAUAUUUCAGAGAUUAGCACUUAGGCUCUUCCUGUAUAGCUAGAUAGAAGUAAGUUGUCUAUGAGUUGCUAUUUUCAGUCGUCAUAGAUGUAAUAAUCAGUAAUUGCACACCUCCUCUCCUUAAUUAGCGAUCGAUCAUGCAUUAAUAAUAGUACUAAGU